GGCGUGGAAAGAAGCCGAGUCAGGCGACCCUGCACGCAGCCCGUCGCUCUGGCUGCGCUCGCUCCGCUUUCCAGGAAAGGAUGGAACUUCUGUGGUGUUUAAUGAGUCUUUACUUCUAUGGGAUCGUACGAAGUGAUGCCUCGGAACGCUGCGAUGACUGGGGGCUAGAUACCAUGAGGCAAAUCCAAGUGUUUGAAGAUGAGCCAGCUCGCAUCCAGUGUCCACUCUUUGAACAUUUCUUGAAAUACAACUACAGCACAGCCCAUUCGGCUGGCCUGACCUUGAUCUGGUAUUGGACUAGGCAGGAUCGGGACCUUGAGGAGCCAAUUAACUUCCGCCUCCCGGACAGUCGAAUUAGUAAAGAGAAGGAUGUGCUCUGGUUCCGGCCCACCCUCCUCAAUGACACAGGCAACUACACCUGCAUGUUAAGGAACACCACGUAUUGCAGUAAAGUUGCAUUUCCUCUGGAAGUUGUUCAAAAAGAUAGCUGUUUCAAUUCCCCCAUGAAACUCCCAGUGCACAGAAUAUAUUUAGAAUAUGGAAUUCAGAGGAUCGUUUGUCCCAACAUAGAUGGAUAUUUUCCCUCCAGUGUCAAACCAACCAUCACUUGGUAUAAGGGAUGCAAUAAAGUACAGGAUUUUUAUAAUGUAAUACCUGAAGGCAUGAAUUUGACUUUUCUCAUUGCCUUAGUUUCAAAUAAUGGAAAUUACACAUGUGUUGUUACGUAUCCAGAAAAUGGACGUACCUUCCAUCUUACCAGGAGUCUGAUUGUAAAGGUGGUAGGCUCUCCAAAAAAUGCAAUGCCCCCCCAGAUCCAUUCACCCAAUGAGCAUGUGGUCUAUGAGAAAGAACCAGGAGAGGAGCUCCUCAUCCCCUGUAAAGUCUAUUUCAGUUUCCUGACAGACUCUCGCAAUGAGGUUUGGUGGACCAUUGACGGGAAAAAGCCUGAUGAUGUCGCUAUUGAUGUCACCGUUAACGAAAGUAUAAGUCAGACUAGAACAGAAGAUGAAAUAAGAACUCUGAUUUUGAGUAUCAAGAAAGUUACUGCUGAGGAUCUCAAGCACAGCUAUGUCUGUCAUGCUAGAAAUGCCAGAGGGGAAGUUGACAAAGCAGCCAAGGUGAAACAGAAAGUGAUAGCUCCAAGGUACACAGUGGAACUGGCAUGUGGAUUUGGAGCAACCGUCCUGCUGGUGGUGAUUCUCAUUGUCGUUUACCACGUUUACUGGCUAGAGAUGGUUUUAUUUUACCGGGCCCAUUUUGGAACAGAUGAAACCAUUUUAGAUGGGAAGGAGUACGAUAUUUAUGUAUCCUACGCAAGAAAUGCUGAAGAAGAGGAAUUUGUAUUACUGACCCUUCGUGGAGUUUUGGAGAAUGAAUUUGGAUAUAAGCUGUGCAUCUUCGACCGGGACAGUCUGCCUGGGGGAAAUACUGUGGAAGCAGUUUUUGAUUUCAUUCAAAGGAGCCGAAGGAUGAUUGUUGUACUGAGCCCAGACUAUGUGACAGAAAAGAGUAUCAGCAUGCUGGAGUUUAAACUCGGUGUCAUGUGCCAGAACUCCAUAGCCACCAAACUCAUUGUGGUUGAGUACCGUCCCCUGGAGCAUCCUCACCCGGGCAUCCUGCAGCUGAAAGAGUCUGUGUCUUUUGUGAGCUGGAAAGGAGAAAAAUCUAAACACUCUGGCUCCAAAUUCUGGAAAGCUUUACGGCUGGCCCUUCCCCUGAGAAGUCUGAGUGCCAGUUCUGGCUGGAACGAGAGCUGCUCUUCCCAGUCUGACAUCAGUCUGGACCAUGUUCAAAGAAGAAGAAGUCGUUUGAAAGAUACCCCAGAACUCCAGAGCUCAGAGAGGGCUGCAGGUGCCCCUCCAGCCUCAGGCACAAUGUCCAAACAUCGAGGGAAGCCCUCUGCAGCCUGUCGCUGUUGUGUCACCUACUGUGAAGGAGAGAGUCAUCUUAGGAGCAAGAGCCGAGCAGAGAUGCAUACCCAGCCCCAGUGGGAGACACACCUCUGUAAGCCCGUUCCCCAAGAGUCAGAAACUCAAUGGAUACAAAAUGGCACCCGAUUGGAGCCCCCUGCUCCCCAGAUCUCAGCCCUCGCUCUUCACCAUUUCACGGAUUUAUCCAAUAAUAAUGACUUUUAUAUACUAUAAUUACGGUGUGUGGUG